AUGGACGCCGUACAGAAGCACCUAAAAGGCACAUUUCUGUCCAGGCCUGAUACAGGACUCAACAGUACGUUGACCAUCACACUGACCAAAUCAAGCGAGGGGAAUAGCAGCCUCUCUGGACAGGUUACCGCCAGCCAGGUGGAGGUGGACAGCAAGGUGUCACUGGACCACACCACCAAUCUGGGGUCCUUCUGCGUGGAGGUGAUGGACAUGGAUUUCAACAAGUUGAUGAAGGAGCUGCAAAACGCGAAGAUCGACAUGUCCCACUGGCUGGUGCAGAAACUGAGCAGAGAAAGGGCUCAUGGUUUGGGUGUGAUCAUCUCGUCUGUCCGAGCAAAGAGCCAGCUGUUAAUCAAGCAAUCCUGCUCCAGACGUGGGUACUUAAAACUGAGCAUGGCGCCAGUUGUGCCAGUGACUGAGAUGCAGGCUAACAUGGUGAACAGUAACAAAUGGGAGAUGCUGGUCCAGGAGGGCACCAUACUGGCGUUCAAGGUCUAUGAGCUGAGCCUUCGGGGGGAUGGCAAAGUGGGUGCUGUAUCGAGUCCAACCAGAAAGAAAACAUUUAUCUCUGACGGAAUAGCAGCAUCUGAGACACAGAUCCAUGGCACAGCUUUCCAGGAGGUGAAGGCUGACAUUGACAAGUGCUUCAGGGAGCUGACAGUCCUGGACAGUAAAGGCAGUGCCAUGAUCUGGACCCUGCUGACCAAACUAUUGGCCUACAGCGAUGCCCUGGGUGUGCUGGAGUACAUGAUUGCGGAGGGCCGCACCGCAGCGGACGAGGAGCCCUCGCUCGUGGAGGGCCUGAGCCCUGAGGCCCAGCAGGCAGUCCUGGAGCUGCUGCAAUUCCUGGAGCCGUUCCAGUCAGAGACCGGCGAGGAUCAAGAGCACGAGCUCCGGAGGGCCCUCGCUCUUCUGGUUGACGCCUUUGAAGACCUGAAUGUGCAGACGGUACUGAAUGUCACCAGCCUAAGUCAAGAUCUUCGCCAGCAGCAGAUUCAGUUGGUGGAGAGGAAACUGGAGCAGAAGGAUGUGGAUGUUCAGCUCUUGAAAGAGGAAGUCCCUGUGGCCAAGGAGCUCUUCAUUUCCUGGGAAGUGGAAGAGGAGCCUGAAGAAGGGGAGAACCUCUCCAACCAGCCCCCAAGGGACCAGGUCCUUCAAGAUAAGCUGCUUGCACUGUACAUAGUGCUCCGGGCUGCUGAGGCCGUGCACCUUGGAGCAGAGUGAAAUUAUCGUGGCUAACGGGAAACCAUCUUGACACAAAAGAUGUGCUGAAAUCCAUUUCCACUUUAACCUCUUAACUUUUGUUGUUUUUUUUUUUUAAAGUGAGGAUCAUAUCUACGUCUUAGAAAAGAUACACAUUCUGAAAUUUGGUUUAAAUGUUUUCCUGCUGGAAUUUCUCAGAGGCAAAUGGUCUGUUUGUCUGAUGACCUGAAUCUGUUUUUUUUCUCCAAAACAGAUUGAUGCACACGUAAAACCUAUUUACAAUAGAACACUGUCUUUACAUGUCACUUGUACUUCAUCUGUAAAAGGUAGGGAGCGGUUGAUGCUCAAUUACCAAGUUAACCAUUUACAGCUACAUGUAGUUAAACCCGUCCAAGGCAGUGUGUCAAGCUUCCUGUGACUGCCUUUCUUCAAGGGAAACAUACUGUACUUGAUGCUUAAACAAUAUUUUUUAUAUAUACUUGGAUUAAGUUAUUGUGCCAAAAACAAAGAUGAAUUGUACUUCCUUAACUGUACUGGGGUCCAAGCUAUGCCAUCUUAAAAUCCCAAAAGUUAAAAAGGGGGAGAUUUACGACAUAUUGGAUAAGGUCAGGGGGCUAGGUGGUACAGGACUCAAAACUGAGUUUGUCUGUUAAAAAAAGUGAUUUCUAAGAAAUGUUUGAAGUGAAAUGGUGUUAUUAAAUACUGUGACAGGAAAGAACUUUGCAUCUUGCAUUUUAGGAAGCAAGAGGAUGAUGCAGAUACAAAGUUAAACCUUUUCUCAAAAAUGACAAUCAAUUUUAAGAAGGGUCUUUUAAAAGUACCUCCCUAUUUAUAAAUAUUGCUAAACUGUACUUAUCUAUUGUACCUCAUUCAUUCUUCUGAAGAAAUGCCAGCUAAGGUGUUCACAUAAAUAUGGUAAUAUUUUCUAGUAUUUGUAUCCGAAACAUUUCAGCCUGUACUUCAUAAAUCAUGUAGUACCUUCAGAUCUAUCUAUAUAUAUAUAUAAGAGUUUUGUUAACAAUGGGAGUAUAGUGCUUAACAGUUCAGGGUGAAUUUUUAUUUUCAUGAUCUUUGACAGAAAUAGAGAUGAGGAGCACUUGUAGUUUGUUCUGAAAUCUAGGGGUUUAAAUAAUUCUUUGAUUCAAAUAUAGAGGCUAUUUUUAUAUACAUUUAUUUGUUAAUAAAGAACUGGCUUUUAGUUCCAACCCUUCUCUGCUUGUUUAUUGAAAAUCGGGUCUCAUUGGUGUAACGACAGUACUGUCUUGGAAGAUACUGUGGAGCUGGGCUGUGACACUAUUCUCUGAAGAUCUCCUCUCUCCUGGAGGCCUUUGCAGAAUGAACUGGUCUGCUUAUCUUACCCCAGAUUAGCGCAAACACCAAUGACUCUAACUCUUUCAGUUUGUAAUUCUGCAUUGAACUGUGGACAUUUUUUUAAAUCAGAGAUGAUUCUGGAGAGAGGUUUAACUCGCUUUUAAGCCGAGAGCCUUAUCACUCACACCACUGACUGGGUAUAUCAGUUGUCCUUCUUUGUACUGCCCUCCUAAUGUAAUAUAAAAUGUUUUAUAAAGUAUAAAGAAAGAGGAAUGUCAAGCUACAUCAUGAUUGCAUU